AUGAUCUUUGUUAAUAUGCAUCUACCGGCAGGCAAAGGAGAGAAAGAAGAACGAUGCAGAUUAUGGUAUAAAUUUCUUCAAGAAUAUCAAUCAAAUAUUAUCAAAAAUGAUUAUUUAUUUGCUUUUGGUGAUCAAAAUUGGCGUACAUUAAAUAUUUUGAGUGUUGAAGCUAUUCUAGAAGCAAUCAAGAAAGAAGAGUACACAACAAUAUUUAAUCAUGACGAGUUGACACAAAUGCGUCAAAAAAACAGUACAGAAUCUGACACACAGUGUUUGAAAGAUUUCUUCGAAGCUCCUAUUACAUUUCCACCAACAUACAAAUAUGUGCUCAAUAGUGAUGCAUAUCAAAUAGAAAAGGAUGAAGAAGUUCGUCGUCCAAGUUAUACUGAUCGCAUUCUUAUUUCAACAUUUUCCAAUGAUCUUGAAAUUAUUCAAUAUUCAUCAAUCAACGAUGUAAAACUUAGCGAUCAUCGGCCAGUUUUUGCAGAUAUGAUACUACAUCAACGAUCAAAAAAUAACGAGAUGUCUAAAAAUACUAGCACCGAAAAAAUUCGUACAACGACUAAUCAUAUCAAAACAAUAGUGAAGCAACAUAUUUUGACAUUCCUAAUGACUAUAGCGACAAUGACAUUUGUCUGCAUACUUAUUUUUCUUGUUAUGUGUCAACUUAUAAUCAAAUGUCAAACGCAAAAAACUGAUAUGCAACAGACUGCACAGAUAAAUAUUGUUGGUACACCAUCAAGUGUAGAAAGUUAA